CCGAAGGUACUCAUCUGAAAAAUGGGAACAAAGUGAUUGUUCCUGUUCUCUUUCUUAAGUCACUUCAAAUGCUGUCUGCUAUGUUGGAGGCACAUUGUCCAGAUCACGGGGCAAGCGACAGGCACGUGAUGGACAAAUCCAUAAUUUAUGGUAAAAGAAAAAACCAAACUGAUAUUAAAGUGAGGACUUGUACAGACCCAUAACAACAACAUCUUUCUUUUACUAGCAAAUCAGCUGCUCAAUCAUCUCAAUAUGGAUCCCAAUGAUUAUGAGUCCAAAAGGGCAGAUAAUCCCAAUACCAGAACUGUUAACCUCUCCCAUCUUCCCUACCCUAUUGCUCAGCCUGUCCCUACCAAACCUUUUCCAGCCAAAUAUAUCCCCGAGAUGAUCGAUCUCAACAAGUUUCAUUUUCAUAGAGUACUGGGUAGAUACAAUACAAUGCAGGUCAAACAAGAAACAGUUAAACCCAUGCCAAUAUGGCCUUCAUCUCCCUUUCUCCUGCAUCCACCUUCUCCAUACUUUUCACCCCUCCGUCCAAGCUUGGUCCCUUUCCCAUUCCUGAUGCCAGGCCCAGUCAUGCACCUUUCUCCCAAUUCCUUAUACCAACGUGAAAUGCCAAGAUACUACAGAAGAGGCACAGACAGCCCCAGAGCUGGGCUAAGCAGUGCUGAGAAACUUGGCCUGAACAUCCACAUAGAUGACAGCUACUACGUGGAUGUAGGAGGUGAACAGAAGCGCUGGAAGUGCCGCAUGUGUGAGAAGUCCUACACUUCUAAGUACAACCUUGUCACACACAUCCUAGGCCACAGUGGCAUCAAGCCACAUGGCUGUGGCCUCUGUGGAAAGCUGUUCAAGCAGCUGAGCCACCUGCACACACACAUGCUCACCCACCAAGGCGCCCGUCCCCAUAAGUGCCAGGUGUGCCACAAGGCAUUCACUCAGACGAGUCACCUGAAGAGGCACAUGAUGCAACACAGCGAUAUCAAGCCAUAUAGUUGCAGUGUAUGUGCUCGGGGUUUUGCCUAUCCCAGUGAGCUGAAGGCCCAUGAGCUGAAACAUGAGAGGGGCCAAGAAAAUGUGUGUGUGGAGUGUGGUCUUGACUUCCCGACACUUGCGCAGCUGAAACGACACCUGACGGUCCACCGUGGACCAGCACAGUACAACUGCAGUGAGUGUGGCAAGAGCUUCCAGUACCCAAGUCAGCUGCAAAACCACAUGAUGAAGCACAAGGACAUACGGCCGUUCAUCUGUAGUGAGUGUGGUAUGGAGUUUGUGCAGUCUCAUCACCUAAAGCAGCACACCCUGACCCACAAGGGAGUAAAGGAGCACAAGUGCCGCAUCUGUGGCCGUGAGUUCACACUGCUGGCCAACAUGAAGCGUCAUAUUUUGAUCCACACCAACAUCCGUGCGUACCAGUGCCACCUGUGCUACAAGAGCUUUGUUCAGAAGCAGACACUCAAGGCUCACAUGAUUGUCCACUCAGAUAUCAAGCCUUACAAAUGCAAGUUAUGUGGGAAGGAGUUCAACAGGAUGCAUAAUCUGAUGGGCCACAUGCAUUUGCACUCAGACAGCAAACCUUUCAAAUGCCUGUACUGCCCAAGCAAGUUCACUCUGAAAGGCAAUCUGACCCGCCACAUGAAGGUUAAACACGGCAUUAUGGACAGAGGACUAGACGCCAGAGUAUUUAGGCGCAGAGGACGGUUAUGUCUUUCCAGCCCUUUUCGUCUCCUGUCUCGCUUCAGUCAGGACAAACCUUUCGAUUUGUCCCGGAAGAAUCAUCCCCAACUCCGUCUUUCUCAGUCAGAUGGUGAAAGUCGUGAGGAAGAUGAGGACAGCCUGUACAGGAUGAGCCAGUACAGCCCUGAUCGUUACCAGACAGAACUGGCAAGGGCCAGAGAGGCAGACGAUGAAGAUGAUGAAGAUGAAGAUGGGAUCAUCCAAGAAGAAGAAGAAGAAGAAGAAGAAGAAGAAGAAGAAGAAGAAGAAGAGAAAAGUGGAAAGCAGUUUACCUUCAGCAAAGAGGAGCUUCAGUGUAUACGUUACAGAGAAAGUCAGCCAGGCUCAGUUUCUGAUGGAGAGCUCUACUGUAGUAAACCAUACAGGGAUAGAAAAUUAAGCUGUGAAUGAAGUCUAAUUAAUUAGUCUAAUAAUAAUUCUAAAAACAUAUCUGUAAAAUAUCUCUUCAAAAAGCAAAAAGGGAAAUAAAUCUGUGAAUAAAUCUUCAUUUCCAGUAAUAUUGUAGCAUGAAUGAAUUUGUUAAUAAAACAGCAUUUUAUUUAAGGUAAUUAAUGUAAUUUUUCUUAAAUGUCAUUUAAUGCAUAUCCUCUAACAGUGUGCAUGUUUUAACCUAUUGUAUAUUUUGUAAGGAGAUGUAUUAUUAAUAAAGAAUGCGAUUUGAGAGAAAUUACAGAAAUUUCUAUGUACUGAUAUUUUCAUAACAUUUAAUUUCUUUUUAUUGAAUUUUUUCUGUGAAGUGUGAAAUUAAAUCCCAAUCUGUAUUUAUAAAAAAUAAAUAUGUUUAAAAACUA